UGUCCUCUUCCCUUCUCCAGACCUCGCCGGAACUCACCCAGGCGUCAGAAUCCGACGCCGGUGAACUCCAUUCAUCGGCGAAUCCCGUCUGACCCACAGUCCGACAGAAUCUCUCCGCUCUCCGUUUUCAUGCACAAAUUUUUCCCCUCUAUAUCUGUUGGAUGGUUAUCAGACGGUUAGGAUUUCCUGAUUGGUGUGAUUUUUGGACUAUGAAGACGGACCCUCUGUUGUGUGGUCCACCAUACCAGCAGUCCAGAUCACUUCCUGCGUACAAAGCCAAGCCAUCAUUUCUCAAGGGUCUUCGCCAUAUCAUGUCUGAAAUGAAGAGGUAAAAUGGCCUCGAAGCAUAACUACAUGGCAGAGAGCAUACUAGGAAUUACCAAUAUUUCAUCACGUGGAAGAUGUGAAAGCUACUUGCUUUUCCAUGGGGAGACCGUCCUUGGAAGUGGAUUGCGGGCUUUCUUGUAUUUUCUUGGCCUUGCCUAUUGUUUUAUUGGGUUAUCGGCUAUAACUGCUAGAUUUUUCCGUUCAAUGGAGAAUGUUGUUAAACACACACGGGAGGUUGUGAAGAUAGAUCCCGACACAAAGACUGAAGUGAUUAAACACCAAAAGGUUUGGAACUACGUGAUAGCAGACAUUACACUACUGGCCUUUGGGACAAGCUUUCCACAAAUCUCUUUGGCCACAAUAGAUGCUAUCCGAAACCUUGGUCAGAUCUAUGCUGGAGGUUUGGGUCCUGGGACACUAGUUGGUUCUGCUGCGUUCGAUCUGUUUCCUAUCCAUGCCGUUUGUGUGGUGGUUCCUAAAGCAGGAACACUGAAAAAGAUAUCAGAUAUAGGUGUUUGGCUGGUAGAGCUCUUUUGGUCAUUUUGGGCUUACAUUUGGCUUUACAUAAUUCUAGAGGUUUGGACCCCGAAUGUGAUUACUCUGUGGGAGGCCUUACUGACUGUGCUGCAGUUUGGAUUGCUACUGCUACAUGCAUAUGCUCAAGACAAGCGAUGGCCAUUUGUCUCUCUUCCACUGGAACGAAGUGAGAGGCCAGAAGAAUGGGUUCCAGAAGAGCCUAUUUUUGUCAAAAAUGCUGAUGGCGAAUGUGACCAAUGCUCUGAGAUACAUCCAAUUGAUGAAGAGCAAGAUGGAAACAUUGUUGAUAUCUUUUCCAUCCAUUCCAAAACAAGAACAGGUGAUGAUUAUCAGCCUGUGCCUGACAAUGACGCAGCGGAAUCAUCUAACCAAACUUUUGGCAAGGUCGCUCAAGAAAAUUUCCACUUGCUCUCUAUUUGGGGACAGCAGUUUCUGGAUGCACUAACGUUGGAGAGUACCGAGUCAAAGAAAAUGAACAGUGUCUACUUAAGGAUUGCAAGAAUUUCCUGGCAAUCAAUCCUUGCUCCUUGGAGACUUCUCUUCGCGUUCGUGCCUCCUUAUCAUAUUGCUCAUGGAUGGAUUGCCUUCAUCUGCUCUCUGAUUUUCAUUAGUGGAAUUGCUUACAUUGUUACAAAGCUUACAGAUCUGAUAAGCUGCGUCACAGGAAUAAAUGCUUAUAUCAUAGCAUUUACAGCUUUAGCAAGCGGGACUUCUUGGCCAGAUUUAGUUGCAAGCAAGAUUGCUGCUGAACGUCAAAUAACAGCUGAUUCUGCCAUUGCAAACAUCACUUGCAGCAAUUCGGUGAAUAUUUACAUUGGCAUUGGUGUCCCAUGGCUGAUUGACACGUUAUACAAUUUCAUUGCAUAUAGGGAACCAUUGCGUAUCCAGAAUGCACAAGGUCUCAGUUUCUCCUUGCUUAUGUUCUUCCUGACUUCCAUUGGCUGCAUCGCCGUUUUGGUGUUUCGGCGUAUCACCUUGGGUGCCGAAUUGGGUGGGCCAAGGCUGUGGGCUUGGGUCACAUUUAUCUACUUCAUGCUCCUUUGGGUUGUUUUUGUUGUGCUGUCAUCCCUAAGAGUUUCUGGCAUAAUUUGAUUCUGUUCACCAUGUAUUGUAAUUAAUUCUUGUAUUAUUUACAAUAUGCCCAAUUUUCUUUAUGGGGCGUUUGGCAUUUCAAUUUUAAAAUAUAUCAGAUUCAUUUUACUUUGAAUUUUUAGAGAAAAGGUUUCGAUCC